UUUUUUUUCGGAACUUUUGGUUCGUUUCGUUCGUUUCGAUACAAAGGGAGAUGUUACAUAAACAGCACAGAUCUUCAGUAGGGACACAUAAUAUUGUUAAAUCGACUGACUAAAUUCAUAACGUUAACAGUUAACAGAUGUUACCAGUUAAGGAGCACAGAAUAAGCUGCAAAGACGUUGAAAAAAAGAAAAUCAAAUAAUGUUGGAAGACGAAUAGAUUAUACAUAUUUUGAGGAUUCUUGAAGAUGUACGCUAAGUAUCGGGUACAGGAAACCUAUGGAGAAUUCCGGAGUUUAGGAACUCAUUUUUUCCGGAAUUGUGCGAUAACACGGAAUUUUUCUGCCUUCAACGAGAUUUACUGCAAUUUCUAUAUUUUAUCAUCUAUGAGGAAACUUAAGUUGGACUCGGCCGCUAGAAUUACUCCCUCCGUUUCAAUUUGUUUGUCUGGUUUGACUUGACACGGAAUUUAACAAAAUAAAAAAGACUUUUGAAUCAUGUCGUCACAAACGAAAUAUAUGUAGAAUGUACCAAAAUGUCCGUUAAUCUUAUGGUCUUAAACAUGUCAUGCGGAAAGUUAGAAUUAAAGAGUUGUCAAAAAAGGAAAGAGACGUUCUUUUUGGAACGGACUAAAAAGGAAAGUAAGACAAACACAUUGAAAUGGAGGAAGUAUGUUUUUUCCUAAAGCUCGGAAAUACAGGAAGAACGAGACUAUGGCAACUCCAACUGUAGAUGUUGAAAAGAUGGAAGUUUCUGUGAAGUCCCUAGUAUAUGAACAUCGAUACGAUUUACUCCUAAAAAUAUUUGGUAACAUAACUGUCUAGAUAAAAUCAGAAAAAAGUUUUCGGAGUGGUUCAACCGAACCUAAUGUCCAUUUUGGAUUUGGUAUUCUGCAAAGGGUAUCUUAUUAGUCCUUACCAAAACCACCUUAGCAACUCCACUUAUUAUUAGGAUGUAACAAAACUAUAUAUAACCAUUGAGACACCAGUCUUUCAUCAUCAAUUGAGAAUCGACUCUACUUCAUUUGUUUCUUCUAAUAUCUUAUCGUAGCACUGUUUUCAAGAAAAGAUGGCGAAAGUUAACAAACUCACCUCUAAAACAAUCCGAGCCAUGUUCUGCAUUUUGCUGCUAGUCCUUGCCUUUGGCUGUGCCAGUUCAGCAAGAAUCCUUGAUGAAGUGAGCCAAGUGGCCGAUGCGUCACCGGAAACAGAUGAACCUGUUGUGGCUCCUGUGGUUGCCCCGGUUACUGUCACCGCUCCUGAUUCUGACGUGGCGCCAGUAGCAGAUCCUUCCAUUCCCGCGGACACGGUGGCUCCUCCAGCAGAUUUACCAGCUGAACCUGAACCAGAUUCAACGCCUGUCAUUGCCCCGGCUGUGUCAGUUGCUCCUCCUGCUGACUUACCUGAUACUGGGGCAGCCCCCGUCGCUGAUCCAGCACCAGUAACUACCCCUAUUACCAAAACACCGGGAGUGGCUACUGCAGCCCCGGGUGGGGCUGCAGCAGCUGCUAGCUCAGGUGCCACAGUAGCAAGUCCCAUCCUUGAGCACCCCACGUUCUCCUUUUUCAUGCAUGACAUCCUUGGCGGUACACAUCCUUCGGGAAGAGUGGUCACUGGAAUCGUAGCUACUUCCGAUGCCAACAAUCUGCCUUUCUCCAAGCUCAACAAUCAAAUCUUUCCAAUCAAUGGUGGAGUUUCUUUGAACAACAUUAACAACUUCGUCAACAACAACAACUAUCCAUUUCUUGCAGGCCUUAACGGUCAGCAACAAGCUAACACUAUCCUGCAAAACAGCGGAAACAACAAUAUAGUUAACGGUGAUGACAACCAACCUUUUGUAACAGCCGGACAGCUUCCUGCUGGCUUAUCGCUUCAGCAGCUCAUGUUUGGCUCUAUUACUGUCGUUGAUAAUGAAAUCACCGAGGGACACGAACUGGGAUCAGCUGUUCUCGGCAGGGCACAAGGAUUUUACCUGACAAGCUCUUCUGAUGGCACCAGCCACACUUUAGCCUUGACAACACUUUUCCAUGGAGAACACAAUCACGAAAUUGAUGACACUAUUAGUUUCUUCGGAGUUCACCGGACAGCCACACCAAUUUCUCACAUUGCCAUCAUUGGAGGGACUGGCAAGUAUGAGAACGUUAAAGGAUUUGCCACCAUCGAAACUCUUCCUCAUGUCGACCAACAUACAACUGAUGGACUGGAGACAAUUACACACUUUACCGUCUACAUCACCCCUUAAACAGCACGCCCUCUAGAUAUUAAUUCAACAUGUUUUCUAUAUUUCUGAAUCUUUAUAUUUCCUACUUCGACGCAUGUAAUUGAAUGGUUAAAUGUGUGUUUGUUAUGUUACGAUCUAUA